AUGGGGAACGUGCAGAACCGUUUUACGAGCGUGGACAAGGUUCUUCUCAAGUGCGAGCCGGGGGAUUUAAUCGAAAUCCUUCACCCACAUUCCUCAUUCAAUCACUGGGCAGUCUACGUCGGUGAGGGCACUGUCAUUCACGUGCGGCAGCCCUGGAUCAGACGGGAAUCGCUGCAGAGCGCUGCCGGGCUGGGGCGGGAGAAUUACUGCGCCAAACUCGUCCGAAUCAACAAUUACAAACACAUCAGGGUCUUGAAACAAGCGCCCCAGUCGGCUCAGAAAAUAGUCGAAUCGGCUAAGGAGCAGCUUGGGAUGGAGUGGUACAACAUGCAGUUUUACGGGUGCGAGAUGUUCGCCGUUCGGUGCCGUUUUGGUGUGAAGGUGGACAUUUGGAAGGAGUUUUACAAAUCGACUGAAAUCGAGAGGCCAUCUGAUACCGCGGUGGCGCUCUCCAACCCUCUAGUUACUUAUGGACACCAACAACAUGAAUUCUAA